UGCUAGUGGCCGACCAAGCGACCGAGAAGAUGACGCCUAUGGUGCGUCCGAGGAAAACUUCGGCUAUUGCCCUCCCGGCCGGCGGCACGCCGCUGCCGGAACCGGGUCGGAGAGUCCCGCUGUCUCCCUUCGAUGCGUACUGGGUCACGCUGCCCCCUGUCCGCCGCGUCUUCCUCUACCGCUCACCGGCCAGCCAUCACCCGUUCUCGGACGUCGCCGCCGAACUCAGGUCAUCCCUCGAGCAGGUGCUCCCGUCCUUCCACCCGUUCGCCGGCGUCCUCACCUACUCGUCGGAUCCCCUCGGCCUGUCAAUCGUCCUCCCGGAGGAGGGGGAGGGCGCCUGCAGUGUCGCGUUCGUCGAGGCCGAGACGGACCACCAGUUCGACAAGCUCGUCGAGGAGUACGACGAGGAGGCGCUCCGGCAGCUCGCUCCGGACAUCCGUCGGGACGAGCUCCCGGCGCCUGUGAUGGCGGCGCAGAUUGCUCCAAAGCAAGAUGCACCGUCGGAACAAGGGCGCCCUCUCAGCCGACGGACCUUCACGUUCGCCGCGUCCGCAGUGCGGCGCCUCAAGCAGUGUCUGGCCGCCGCCGCGAACACCGGCACAGUGCCGUCCACGUUCGCCACGAUUGCGGCUCAUGGGUGGGUGUCCAUCGCGCGGGCCAGGGGCUUCACCGACGACACCCCAGUAUUCGCCGCCUUCCUCGCCGACUGUCGGGCCCAUAUGUCGCCGCCGGUGCCGGCGGCAUAUAUCGGCAAUUGCGUCGCUUUCUGCACGACCUCGCUGAGCGGUUCACUUCUCGCGGGGCCGACCGGGCCGGCCAUGGCGCUCCUGGCCAUACAGGAGGCCGUCGCGGAGGUGAAGCGUGACCCGCUCGCUGACCGUGAUCGGUGGUGCACCAAGUUCGCGGCCAUCCCGCCGGGCCGCGCGGUCAUUCUGGUGGGGUCGCCGUGGUUCCCAGCGUAUGGAGUUGACUUCGGGUUCGGGAGGCCGGCGAGGGUUGAGCUGGCGUCCAUGAACCACGACGGUGAGAUGGCGCUCGUCGCCGGGAGGGAGCCAGGCUCGGUGCAGGUGUCAGUGGCCAUUGCUGCGGAAAAGAUGCCAGCGUUCCGUGGUAUGUUUGAACUGGAGUGUGACCGUGCGUCGGCGAUGCCAGUGUCUGAAUCAGAGUAGUUCGCGUCUAAAGCUGUAGGUCGAUCGAUCAUGUACAUUUCAGCGUUCCACAUCCGCGGUGGCUUUCAAUAAAGGGAUUUGCUAGCUAGCUUCCGUGCACAGUUAAGUUUUGCGCCAUUUAAUUUGCAUCAUGAUUCUAGUAGUUAAUUAUGAGUUGCAACAUGAUUUGGAACUGAGAUUUGAGGAUAUCAUUUAACUGAGAAAU